UUGCGGAGGCGUGUCCAUGAAGGACAGAGGCGGCGCUUGCGAACAGGUGCACUGGGAUUGACAAGGCAUUGCCAUGGAGACAACCUGUGAUGUAGGUACGGUGUGAAUGACAGCGAGCUCAGUCCCGGCCGGUCAGAAUCCAGGCUCGGUGAGAAGUGAAUGGGAAGGAGGGAGAGAGCGGUUCUGAAGAUCCAUGAGGAAGAUCAGAUCGUCGUUCGGUGCCUGCUGUCUGACAGCAUUAUAGCAGGAUAUAGAACCGGCAGCGCUCUGCAAAAGUCAAAAACAAAACAGCAGCUAAAGAACUGGAGCUCAGUGCUCCACUUCGCACGGUCCCUAGUAAAAGUAUCUCCCGUGCCGUGCCGUGCGGCUGGGCUGGGUUGUGUUCCAAUAUUUUGUCCAGCAGGCGAGUUCAGCGACUAUACUGGUACUUCUCAACCCCAAAGGACAUUUGCGAGGAAGGAACGAAAAGCACUUGACUUGAGCGAUUGUAUUUCUGAUGCAGUUGCGGGCAGUGUGGUUUGUCAAACCAACACACAGUUUAACACUGAGUGGACUAUGGAGCCGGUGACAUUUGAGAAACUUGCCACUUUGAUCCCGCUAACGUUGCUCUGUGCAAUAUUUGGUGAGGUGUGCACAGCAGUCAGCGUGGAUAUGACACAAACCAACAUAGUGGUGGUGGAGGGACACACGGCAGUUCUGCCAGCCGGGUACCACGCCGUCUCCACUGACUUGAGUAAAAACACUGUGGUCUGGACCACCGACUCCCUGCGUUAUAAACAGAUUAUCUCGUACUCUGGGGGUCAGCAGAGCCAGGGAGAUCCCCGCGUGGGGUUCAUGCACACCAUGCCUUCCAGCAACGUCUCCAUCUACAUCAACAACACAAAAGAGAGCGAUUCUGGACGCUACUCCUACAACGUUGUCAUCCCAGGACAGACGGGCUUCUCCGGGGGAAUAAACCUCACUGUUCACGUGCCUCCCUCAGUCCCGGUUUGCUCAAUGAGAGGAGAAGCUGUAAUUAAAGACAACGUGACUCUGAGCUGCCAGUCAAGAAGUGGUAAACCGAUCCCUGUUUACAGCUGGGAGAAGAAAGCUCCCACUACACAAGUCUUCUUCCCUCCCAUCCAGGACUCACGGAGUGGGACCCUGCAACUGACCAACCUGACCAAGCAGAUGUCUGGAAUGUACGUGUGCACGUCCAGCAACUCGGCUGGGAAUGAGUCCUGCUACAUCAACCUGGAAGUCUCUGAACCGGUGAACGCAGGGAUGAUAGCUGGGGUGGUGGUGGGCACAUUGCUGGGGGUGCUGGCUAUCAUUCUCGCCGUCUACAUCUUCCUGAAACUCCGACGACACUCUGGGGAGGACAUGGCCAAUGAAAUCAAGGAGGAUGCCCCGGCACCCAGACGGGUCUCGUGGUCUAAGAGUGGCGCCGGCUCAGACAUCGUCUCCAGAAACGGCACCCUCUCCUCCAUCACCACCUCCGCCACCCACACCCGGGGCCCCGGUCACCCCCAGCACCACUACCCCCCCAAACCUGCCUCCGACACCACCUCUAUCGUCACGACAGCCGGCAGCACCAUCGGCUACCGACCCGGCCUGUACCUGCCACGUGGGGGCGAGCCGAGCUACAACCAUAACAUCCAUGAGAGAGGGCAGCCGGGACCUGCAAGUGAGCCUACCGCCAAUGGAAACUCCGCACCCUGGACUGACGGCGCUCAGCCCCAGGCCCCGCGGCCGGCUGUUGUCACCGGGGUCUCUUCCUCUAACAUCAUGAGGAUGGGGGGCAUUCCCGUCAUGGUGCCGGCUCAGAACCAGGCUGGCUCUCUGGUGUAGCGUAACACACCCAGCUGGAAAAGAAAGAGAUCACAAUGCGAAGAAUCUGAAAGCUGUAUAUAUAUAUAUAUAUAUAUAUAUAUAUAUAUAUAUAUAUAUAUAUAUAUAUAUAUUGUUGCAAUUCAAAAUCUACACGCAUUUAACAGUAUGAUAUUGACUUAAGUCAGUUGAGCGUGUCUUUCUAACGCUAUACCAAUUGUUAUGCUAAAUGCUAAAUGUCUAAGGAGGUGUAUUAUUUAUUAGUGUUUUGUGUAUUAUUUGUUAAAACUGAUCCGAUACUGCCUUGGGUAUCCAAAACCAGGUGUGCCCCCUCUGUCCAAUGUCAGAUAUGAGCUGGAAAUUUGCAGACUGCUUGCUAGUCAUUUACAGCAAGAAACAGAGAAAUCUACAUUGCAAGGAUGGUAUUUCCAUGCAAGUGUGAAUCAUGAGGAUCAUCAAUCCCAAACCUUUUCUCCAUCUUCGAUUAAACUGGAAGUAGAAAAUGAUGAGGCAGAACAGAUUUGCAGGGGGAUGUGCAGCGGGCGCUUUUAAAUGAAUCUAGCUUCCUUUGAAAAUGGUGUAACUUUUAAUCAAGUUCUGUAAUGCCUAGGCUAACUCCUUUUAAUGCUUAAACAGCAAUGCUCCAAACUGGCCAUCAAUCCUAUAGAA